AGGCUUUCCAAGUUUCAUUUUCAAGGCAGUAAAGAAGUCUGAGAACCUGUAUAAAGAUGAAGUGCAUCCUCGUUUUUGGCCUGCUAUCGAUCGGAAUGUGCCUGAGCGCUCCUGCGGCUCCCGAGGCAGAGAUUGUUAGCCUGGCAUCGGAGAUCUCCGCCGACGGAUUUAAUUAUAACUUCGAGACCAGUGACGGCAGCAAGCAGGAACAGCACGGCAAGCUAAAGAACCUGGGUCCCGAGGAGGAUGUUCUGCAGGUGGCUGGGUCCUUCAGCUACCAGGGGGAUGAUGGCAAGACCUACUCAGUAACCUAUACGGCCAAUGAGAAUGGAUACCAGCCCCAGGGCGAGCACCUUCCACACCUUUAAGCGGCUCUUACUAUUAAGCGUCAUGUAUUUAAAUAGAUCGAAAGGCAUCCUCAAACAGAUUCCAUUGAAAAAUAUUUUCUGGUUGCAUUUAUACUAUGGAUAUAUUCAAUUGCUUUCGAAUACAUUUUUUAUAUUCAAAAUUCAAAUUAAAUUCUCAAUUCAGUCACAACAAAAGCUGAAAAUGUA